AUGUUCAGGAAUAACUACGAUUCAGAUAAUACGGUCUUCUCACCUCAGGGUCGACUUCACCAAGUAGAAUAUGCACUCGAGGCGGUCAAGCAAGGCUCAGCUUCGGUCGGAUUGAGAAACAAGACUCACGUCUUGCUUCUAGCUCUCAAACGAUCAACCGGAGAACUAGCCUCCUAUCAGAAAAAGCUGAUCCGAAUCGAUGAUCAUAUCGGGAUUGCGAUCGCCGGAUUAACUAGCGAUGCUAGAGUACUAUCCAACUUCAUGAGACAGCAAUCUAUGACGUCUAGGUUAUUGCACAAUCGACCAUUGCCACUUUCUCGAUCAGUAAUGGCAAUUGCCGAUAAGGCUCAGGUUAAUACACAGGAGUACGGGCGCAGACCCUACGGAGUUGGAUUUUUGAUUGGAGGACAUGACGAAACUGGCCCUCAUCUUUACGAAUUCAGCCCCUCUGGAAACUGUCUGGAAUAUUACGCGAUGUCAAUUGGUGCUCGGUCUCAAUCAGCCAAGACCUAUUUAGAGAAGCAUUUCGAGAAGUUUUUGGAUUGUGGUCUGGAUGAGCUGAUCAAACAUGGCUUACAUGCGCUCCGAGACACACUACAACAAGACAAGGAGUUGACGACGUUGAAUACUUCACUAGGAAUCGUUGGGCCCGACCACAAGUUUGAAAUCAUUGAAGGCGAUGCCCUGGCUCCCUAUUUGGCUCAAAUGGACCCUAAGGAUGAUGGAAGUACUCAGGCUGCUCCUAUGGAGACUGAUCCCUGA